UCAUCAUGCCUCACCACCACCACGACCCCGCUGAAGCUUACGAGCAGGUCAACAAUGCACCUCACCAGGCCCAGCUCUCUCAUGAGUUGAUCGCCGCCGCCGCUUCUUACGAGGCAAUGAAAGCCUACAACAAGCACUGCGAGAAGAAUGGCAAACCUGCGAGCCACGACACUGCCAAGGAGAUCAUGGCUGCCGGCGCCGGAUUCUUCAUUGACCGUUUGGUCGAGACGAAGGGUUUGGACUACGUAGACAAGCAGAAGACGAAGCAUCAUGCCAAAGAAUCUGCCUUCGACAGGUCUGGUUACUGAUCGCCAGGAGCGCCUUAUGCAACCCAUUGACAAUACCCAACCAUACCAAUAUUGCUUAUCGUCAUGUAACAUGAAAGGAGUGACAAAUGUAACGAUAAUGUACAUAUGCACAGACGCUUUGACAUAUGCCCAUGUUUCAACAAUACUAUCACGAUCACGAUCGAUCCAUAUGAGCG